AUUGUUAUCGAUGCCGUUGGGAGCUUGUCCGAAGAACUAGCUGGUCUACCCAGCUCUGAAGCCCUGCCAACAAUUGGCUCUGGUAUUCGGGCCAUCAUUGUUCCACGGCUUUGUCGAUGAUGUACUUACUGUACCUUCGCGGAGAGACCUAUCUCCGCACGCGCUUCUUGCUUCUUGCUUCAGGGAUCCCGGAGUCACAGAAAACAUGGCGUCCGAGGUGCAGAAUUCAAACCCGACCAUAUUGAAUGUUGCCGAUCUCCCCACUCGAUUGGGUUCGGCUGCAUUGAGCAAGGCAGGCACAGACAGAGUCGACAAUCUUGCAUCAAUCUUUCCACCGUCUGCAUAUUCAAAUGAUUGGCCCACCGCUCUAUACUCAUCUUCUGAUUCUAGCGACGAAGAAGAGGUGCUAGAAGAGCCGAUUGAUGAGCAAGAAAUAUAUGAUCUCAUAUCAUCUAUUUCCGAUCCAGAGCAUCCGAUAUCUCUAGGAGCCCUGGCCGUUGUAUCCCUUCCAGAUAUUGCUAUAAAGCCAACACUCCCCGAUGUGCCGGAAUCAGUUCUUCGGACAGUAUCUGUUCUCAUAACACCAACAAUCACGCAUUGCAGCCUUGCUACAGUAAUAGGCCUCGGUGUACGUGUUCGGCUCGAGCAAUCACUGCCGCCACGGUUUCGCGUGGAUGUCCAAAUCAAAGAAGGCUCUCACAGCACAGCUGAGGAGGUGAAUAAACAAUUAGCUGAUAAAGAAAGAGUUGCUGCUGCGUUGGAGAAUGGAACACUUAUGGGUGUUAUUGCAAAAAUGCUCGAAACGUGCCGGUAAGGUUAGUGGACGUCAUGAUCAUUUACUAUCUCUUGAACUAUAAUUGUUUUAAAUGUUUGUGGGUUAUAUACAAUGCACGGUAUUUGUAUGAGUGAACUUGCAGUAUUCUACAGAUGAUUUUCGGGUAAAAUUUGCAACAGGUAAUU